AUGUUCUCUCAUGAUGAUACGUGCUUGAUGCAAUACUUCGUAGAAACCACUCAAGCCAAGGCUAAUGCCUCAUAUAUUACCUGUGGACUGGCAACCCCCGUGACGUGGGGACAGCGGGGUUGUUCCAACUUCCACCCCAGUUUCUACGUUCCAACUCCCAAUGUGGAGGCCGGAGACUGGAGAGUGGAGGCCGGGGACUGGAGAGUGGAGGCCGGGGACUGGAGAGUGGAGGCCGGGGACUGGAGAGUGGAGGCCGGGGACUGGAGAGUGGAGACGGUGGAGAGUGCGUAA